AUGGGAGUCUAUUGUUUGCAUCACAAUUCAAGGAUACCUUUUGAAAAUGCAAUAAGGGUAUUCGACGAUGAAGCCAUGGGGUCGUAUCCAUGGGGUCGGACUUCAUACGAAGUUCUCAUUGACUCUAUUAAAACGUUGGCUCCAGAAGGAGAGACAUACACAAUAAGCGGCAUGACCGUCGCGUUAUUGAUUUGGGCGUAUGAAUCUGUCGCCUGCUUCGGUGAGAAUUUUGGGAGGGUGGUGAAUAAUGAAGACGUUCCGCUUUUGCGAUGGGGUGGAAAGCGUACACGUGCAAGUUUUGAUAACUUGUUGGCUGCCGAAAUCAAAGAGCAUGGCGAGGUGUGUGUGAGGAGAAUGGUUUUGAUGGACUCAAUUGAAGAGAUGUUUUCUAAAUGGUCGGGUGAACCUGACGACCCACAACUCGAAAAGAGGAAUGAGAAGAAGAAGAAAAUGAAGGGUGGAGUUUCGUCAGAAGCUGAGCCACUCACUAAGAAGCAGAAGAAAGUUAAGACACAGAAUGAGUCUGAAGCUGCUGCAGCGGGAAAGGGUUCUAGCGAGAAGGAAGGUAGCAAAGAUUUGGAGUUGGAGAACAAAGCGACUCUGACGACCAUUGUGAAUACUCUGGAUAAUAUUUCCAGGAAAUUUGAGAAGUUUGACUCACGGUUGGAAGCUUACGAGUUUGACCAGAACAGACCAUUGGUGGACCAAAACACCAUUGAUGACAGGGUGAAAGCUUUACUGGAGGAGCGUCUGAAAGUUCUGGGAGUUGGGAAAAUUCCCGAAAACAAUGAUAACCCCUCUCCACCAUCAGCAGAUAAAUCUUUAUCGUUGGCAUCACCGGUGGUUCAAACGCAGCAAAAGUCUGUCAAUAGUCCAGCGUUAGCUGCGACUCCUGGUAAGGUUUUUGGACCGAAGAAGAAUUUGGCCAAGGAGAUUGAUAAGGAAUCAGGGGUGAAAAGGACUUUGGAUGAGGAGUUUGGUAGUGUCGCUAAAGCUACUGAUCUUGAUAGCCAACCUCUUAAUUUUGUAUUAAUUUCUCCUGCAAAGGCUACUAAGGAUGAUAAGGAUGCUAAGGUUCCAGCCUAUGGACGGGGCUUCAGGGUCUGGCGUAUUUUUAAGGGGGAGGAAGCCGAUGAGAAGAAAAAAGCAGCGCAGGCAGAUGCUGCGUUUAAGAGAAAGGAGAAGGCUGACGCUAAGAAAAAAGCGGUUGCGGCUAAGAAAAAGGAGGCUGAGGGUAAGAAAAAAGAGGCUGAGUUAAAGAAGAAACAAGAGACUGAGCUAAAGAAGCGAAAACAGGCUGAGUCAAAGAACAAAGAGGUGACUCCAUCUGGAGAGGACAGUGUAUUUGCUAAUGUGACUGACGAAGUUGUUGGGGGAGAGAACGAAUUUGCGCCGGAGUCUGAUGUCGAGGAUCAAGAAGUGAUUAGAUCAGCCGUAGUAAGGGAAUAUUGGGAGAAACGUGUUCAAUUAUCUCCAAAAGGGUUUGCAGUGACGGCAGUUUUUUCACCACUAGUUUUUCCGUACGUUGGAGACGAUGGAACGACGUGCAUGGGGAAGAAUGUUACUCCUUCAUCAGUAAUAUAUGACCCUCUAGCACCUGUUGAUCCGGUGCUAUUGGAAAAACUGAUGCAACACAUUAAGGCAAUUCCACCCAAACCACCAGCACCAGCAGAUAAACCAGAGGUCCUCUCAGCUGAUCAUGAGGGUGACUUCUACAGCAUACUCAUCCAUGAAAGACCGUGGCCGGAAAAGGAAUAUGGAUGGAUGUUUGAUAAUUUUGUGGGGUGUCUAGCGCUUGGUGUAACGUUUGAUGGGAUAAACGAUAACAAUAUUCAAGGUUUACAGAUGAAGAUGGCAGCAGAGAUCCUCGAUGAAGGAGGAAAUAUUGUGAUGAGCAGUUUGCUGGCUAAUUGA